AUGAGGACACCAGGCACUGUCUUGAGUUACCACCCGGAUGAAAGCCUAACCCAGCUUAUGGUGGUUAGCCGAUACGGACGACGACCUUCCUUGAACUUGGUUUGGUUGAUCUUGGUUCGAAGGGUGUGCCCCUCCCCAUGGAGCCCCGCCUCCUGGUCAGUAUAUAUACUGUCUCGGCCCUCCUUUCGUCAGUCUACCAUUAACAUCAUGUACAAGAUCUUCGCUGUACUGUGCAUCGUCGGAUGCACCUUAGCUAAGGAGAAGGCCAUUUCUCCAUCUUCUGAGUCACGUAGGCUGAAGGCAAGACAAGUUGGAUCGGUCUACGGCCUGGAACACUACAUCGAGCCCGUCCACCAUGUUGUAGACUACCUGCAUGAACCACAUGUAGUCGGAUCUGCUGUGCACUAUGUCGAACCAUCUGUGGUUAGUCUUGGUUCUGUACAGACAGCACCACCCUUGGUCCAUCCCAUUGGUCCAACACAUCAAGUGUACAGCUAUGUACCAUCUGUAGGCUAUGGUCACCCUUACAACAACUAUCAUUCCGGCGCAGCAACUCCUUUUGCUGCCUAUGCUCCAGUAAGCAGCCAACAGGUUAGCCGAGUUCAAUCUCCUCAAGCUGCAGUAUUCACUGGAUUUUCUCAAGGAGGUCAACAAUCAGGAUUAUCCCAGGUAACACAACAGGCUGGCUUUUCCCAGGAAACUCAGCAAGGUGGAUUCACCCAGGGAGAUCAACAAUCAGGGUUAUCCCAGGUAACACAACAGGCUGGAUUUUCCCAGGAAACUCAACAAGGUGGAUUCAGCCAGGGAGAUCAACAAUCAGGGUUAUCCCAGGUAACACAACAGGCUGGAUUUUCCCAGGAUACUCAGCAAGCUGGAUUCAACCAGGGAACUCAACAAUCUGCACUUCCACAGGAAAACCAACAAACUGCCUUUGCACAGGGUACUCAACAAUCAUCAUUUUCACAGGAAAACCAACAAUCUAUCUCUCAAUCAGAAAUACAGACGGAUAAUGCUCAAACACUUGUAGGACAAUCAGCCCAGCAAACAGAAACUCAGCAAUCUGCUAGUUCUCAAAAUGCGCAAGGAGCCCAGCAAAUCCCAAGCCAACAGAAUGGAAGAUUUCAGUUUGGAAUCCUCCAUUCAGGAUUCGGACAGCAACAACAGUUUGGAAUAGUUCAGACCCCCUCAUCCCAAUCCACUGAAUCUCAAGUCACCUUUGGACAAAGACAAGCAAAUGAUCAAUCAAGUGGACAGACCGUUUUCAGAGGAGCCCAGCAAUCCGGCAGCGUUUCGACUCAGCAGACAUCAGGAAGUUUCUCUCCUUCCACAGCUGUCUCUUCUGUAGCCGUCGCAAGACAACAGCCCACUAGUUCUCAGUCAGUCAGUCAACAGACCGGAGGAAGUAACUCUCCAGCAUCGACUACAUCACUUGGAUCACAAACUUUUGGAUUCGCCGCAACUCAAGGAGCACCCGCUGUUCGUCUAAUCCAACCAUACAAUCUCAGCCCAUCUUAUGCCAUUCACGGUCUUGGUUUCAGGACCAUCCAAUCCGGACCAUCAGGUUCAUUCGUUUCAAGCUCACAAGAUACAGCAGCCACAUCAGGUCAGAGCGCUUCAUCUGGAUCACAACAAUUCACUCCAACUGCUUCUGGAUUCCAAUUCUCUACACAGGGUCAGGGAUCUGGUAGCCAAGAAUCAUCCCAAGUUGAAGCUUUCAGAAGCGGAGCUGCGAAUCCUUCCGGCAUCCAAUACAGUUACACCAGCCAACAAUCUGCCAGCCAGCCAGCUACAGUGAGAUCUGGAACACAGGUCAGCGGUUCGGCAAGAGCCCAAGGUUCGUCAUCAUCUGCUGAUGGACAGGCACAAGGAAGUCUAUCUUCUUUCCGAUCAACAUUCGUCAGUUCCGGUGAUGCUAGUCAAGAUUCUUCUUCAAGCUCUCAAAAUUCUAGUCCAACUCAGCAGCCACCAGCAAUUCUUAGAAUGUCUAACGACCUGAGCUUCGACGGAUCUUUCAAUUAUGGGUUCGAGUCAGAGAAUGGUAUCUCUUCUUCUGCUGUUGGUUCCUUGAGGACCAUCGACGCUCAGCAUCCUGCCCAGAUCAUCUCCGGAUCUUACUCAUACACCGCUCCUGAUGGCACACCCAUCUCCACCAACUAUUACGCCGACGAGACUGGUUUCCACGCACAGGGUGCCCACCUCCCAACUCCUCACCCUCUGCCAGAAUAUGUCGCCAGGGCCCUGGAAAUCCUUCCUCAGCAGAGCAACGCCGAUCAAGUCCAGCCGACUGUCGAAAGCAACUGA